UUUCAAUUAUUGGUCUCAACAGGUGUUCUUAAACCUUACAGGCGGCGAAAACUGAAGAGCUUCAAUCGCCAAAGUCCCCACCUGCUCUUCGAGUUGCGGCGGUUCUCUAUUCGUAUUCAUCAAAUGCUGUUGACAAGGGCGGAGGAGGUCAAGACUCAAGAGGGGGUAGCGAAAGUCCCAUGUUGACCACUGAAGAUGAGGAUAGCAAUAUGGGACAUUCGAUGGAAUCCCUCAACUCCCAGCAGCAGCAGCAACCCAAUAAUAAAAGCAAAAGCUUACUCGAACAGCUACUGAUUGAAAUUCCAUCAGAGAAUCACAGCUCUGUUGCACCGAAUUCUCAUAGUCCAGCAGCUAGAAAUUCUAAUUUCAGAUCGUCAGUUCGAACACGGGCUCUCAGUAAAUUAAAUAGCCCUGAAAUUAGCUCACCGGCACCGAAGAUUGGCAAAGUCGCUCCUCCAUCUACAACCGCUAAAAGAAAAAGGAAUGAAAGCGACAGUUCCAACCAUAGCUUAGAAGAGUUGCGAAAGCGACCUCGCAAAGGCUCUGAAGCAUCUGAAUUGGGAAAAAGAACUGUUCAUAAUUCAACCAAUUCAUUGAAGAAGGUUGGCAAAGUGACAAACUCGCAAAAUCCUCAGCAGCAAGAGGAGAGCUCAGAUAGUGAUGAACCCCUCAUUGAGAAACUUCGAAAAAAUGUCCCCAAAACAGGCAUCAAAGUUUCGAAAGGUGUCGGCGCACAGACAGCCCCUCACAUGACUCCGGCUAGUCAAGUUAAUCAUAAAACCAAUAUUAGGAGGUCAGCAAGAGCAGGGCAGCAGGACAAGCAGAUGCAUCAAGAUAAGCAACAGCAACCGGCGCAAAAUACUCGAAGUAGAGAAAAGGUCGUGCAACAACAGCAGCAAAUAAGUCAUUCUCCACAGCUGCAACAGGCCACACACACUAAUGCUGAAGCCGAGGCGGCACUUAGAAGAAAAACGCGAAGUGCUGAUAUGGAGAGUAAGCGUAAAAAAGAGGUAAAGUGACAUCACGGGUCAGGCUGGUCAUUUACAGAGGCUGGCCACCGUUAUCUUCAACUGCUCCCAGCUUACGAGCCGUAUUUGCAUAACUAUGUUAAUCCGGAGGAGGAUUUUCAAUUGUCCAGCGAGGACAGUAGUGUUGAUCCUAUGGAUGACAGUCAAACAUCUCCCAGUGAGGAUGGAAGCAGCAGCAGCAAUGAUUCAAACUUUUCUUCUUUAAGCGGUUCAAACAGUGAUGACGAUUGAGUCGUAGCGGGGAUGUGUAAAAAGGUCGAAAUCUUGUGAUAUUUCAGAGCAGCCGCUUAAGAUAUUUUAUUGAUAAUGACAUACAGAAAAGGGGACAAAGAAUAUGAAUAUUAGAGUCUUUGUUGUUCGACGAAAGUGUUUCCAAAGAAACAAAUUAUUUUGGUUUAAACUUUCUAUAUUUACAACGGGUUUGACUGCAUAUCCGAAUUCUUUUAGUUGGUCCGUAUACUAAGCUAUUUUAACUUUAUAAUGACAAGUCAUUUUUUUAGUUAAUAUUACUUAAUGAAAUGUUACAGCCUCCUCAAAACUUUACAUGUAUGUUCAGAAAGCGAUAUUGGGACUGGAUUCUUUUUAUUCUUUAAAAAUGGUCAAAACGUCGGCGAGUUUUAGUGAAUAAAAUAAAUUUUAAAUCCAGUUUUAAACUCGCCAUUCUAAUUUACUAUUUUAUGAAUGAUGUUAAUCACUUAAUUAAUGUAAUAUUAAUUAAGCUUCGGACUGACUGGUCAAUUUUAUUUUCGGAUAAACGUCAUUAAGAGUCAUUAAUUUUACUUUUUUGGUUACUUUUUACUUUUACAUUGCUUCAUUUGCAUAUGCAGUCUUGAAUUGGGAAUAACAAACAUCUGAAGAACUUGCUUGUAGCUAUUCUAUUGCAGUUGGAAAACUUGUAUAACCUCAAUCCUGUUGCUGGUUCUUCGGGAAUUAAUUGUUCUACUUAGGUUUUCAUCUCAAAUGCAAAUGUAUAAUUUUUCACUCUCUCAGCACAUUGUUAGAUCUAAUCAAAUUGAAUGUUCUGAGGUUACAUUUUUAAAGCUCCAAAUAUCUCAACGUUUCUAACCUUGGUAUCAUCCUCGGGGCUGUUGUAAGGUGGGUUUAGAAUUUUAGUGGAAAUUGUGGCAAUCCAGAGGCACAUUUUUGUCUGAGUUCUAACAGAUGAAAAAUCAUUAGAUAUCUAAAUUUACUUUAAGCGUAAUGUCUAACUUUAACUUGAGUAUUAGCAUUCUUUAUACAAUGACAGCUAUACAUAACGAAUGUGCCUUUGUAACUGAAAAGUAUAAGUGUACUACUUAGUGUUCAAAAUGCGCCUUUCAAAGACAGCUAUCAUCAUUUUUUCCUAUAUUGUUCAAUUUUCAAGAUAAAAGUUGGUCCAACUUGAUCCCGGCCUCUUGAUUGUCACAUUCCGUUUGGGAACGGUUGCAAGUCUUUGUGAAAUCAGAAUGAAUACAAACUUUACACAGAUUGUGAUAUGCGUACGCGGAACAUCAUUGUCCAAUUGUGUAUGUGUUCUAAUAACGCGAUGUGAAUAAUAUGCAGCGAUGUGUUGAAUUUUUAUAGCGAAUCACUUUGUAGAUAUGGAGCGUGUUAUCAUUAUCGCUAGUUGAACAUUUUUUUCGGUUUCGUGAUAAUAAAUUGUUUAAUGUCAUAAAGCGGAGAACUCCGCAGGUAUUGUUUAUGUUUGCUGUUUUUGUUACAUGUAUGUAGCUCGUGUUAGGAAGAUAAUUAAUUGAGGGAUUUAAACGAAUUUAAUUUUUUUUGCUUUAUACACUUGCGUUUAAGAUGCUUUUCGCUCUGCUCACAGACACGUGUAUGAACUACCGACCUUUAAAAUGUGUUGCAAAUUCGAAUAUGUCGGAUGUUUUUCUGCUUAAUGUUUUUGUUGUAUUUAUUUUUUUACAAUCAAAUUGUCCAGUGUAUUUCACUUAAGCGCGUCUAUUGUAAAUAUUACGUAAACAGAAAAGCAAUCUGCUAAAAGGUAGCCGUGAGCAGAGGAAGUUGUGUUCUAUAGAAUCUGUGAUUAAACUUUUUUUUGUAAUGUUUACAUGUGUGAGUGUGUGGCACGAUAAGUGCGUAGUGAUAUCAGUUGUUAUCUUUUAUCAAAUGCUUCUUUAUAAUUUAAUUAUGAAUAGAAAUGUGGUGUAGGUGGCGUGAUUUAAAUUUUAGUUUAUUCAACAGCCCGGACAUUACAAGUUCGAAAAACAGCAUUGAAAUAAGGCUAAAUUAGUUGCGCAAUUUUAAAUUCACCUUCUUGAUAGACGUUCGCGGGUAUAUUAAUUGGCUGGAUGUGGUAUAAAUCUGUUAUCUAAAUUGCACUUUCUUCAUGGAUGUUCUCGUUUUGGCCAUAAGAAAGUAUUGUAUAAAUAAAUGAAAAACGUCAAUGUGGGCUUCAGACGACUUCCUGUCACUCUAAGUUUUUUCAAUAAAAUUAUACUUAGGUAUUUAAAAUCUGAAUUAAUUUAGCGUUGUGCUAAGCGAUUUAUUAUCCCUGUAUAAAACAGUUUUAUAGCGACGAUGGGGAAACGUUAUAGUCGGGGAGGCAGGGAUCUAUUUUGAGUAGUUUUGUGCUGCUAGAUUUUUAUCUAUACUGAUAAAUGAGCAACAAAAGUGAAGGUCAGCUGGCGCACCCGCAGGGGUUGGUGCUAUGGCUCCACAUGGAACAUGUAAAAAAAAGUUGUUCUGAAUCAUUUUAGACAACCUGAUUUUUCUAACUUUUGUCGGAUAUUAAGUAGAUAUAACUUUACUAUAAAAAUUGAUUAGUUUUUGGGGCACUUUGCAGUCUCCUUUUAUCAAGAAGUCAGUACUUAAAUCCUCGGGCAAUCGUUUAGGCUGGAUAUUACGAAGUAUCGAGAUCACUUCUAACUAGCACUCCGGUAUAACGUUUUACAAUUUUUCCCCGUUUAUUGACACUGUUAAUUUUUUUAGAAAAUGUCUUUUAAAUGGUCCGGCUCUGUGUGUUGAUUUGGUAGGGUCCUUCAACAAAGAGUGAAUGAAGAAAAGUAAAAAAAGACUCAUUCAUUUUUAUAAUAUUUUCAUUGCACACUUUGUCAAAGGCUGUGAACCUCGCGAGUCACACGCCACUCGGCCUUCUCCAUAUUAUAUGUUUUUUGUGCCUGCUGCAUAUUCUGCAGUACCUUCAUUUUCAUUACAAGUUCACACGCCCAGCUGACUAUUUUUUUAAAUAUUAUCUAGUCUUUAAUUCAUGGAAAAAAAAUUAGGUUGUCUGAAAUGAUUUUGAAAAAACUUUUUUCCACAUGUUCCUUAGCAUCCCACACUCGCUAAAAGAGCCUCUGUUAUAACUUGACUGUCUGGAAGCCAUGCAUAAUAUCAAUGAAGUCCAAAUGUAUUACACUCGCUAUAAUUUAUCUGUCACUCCCCAUUUAGAGCAACCGAGUAUCGAAAAAUCUUCUGAGUAUUAAAGUGUGAAUUACCUUUCAUGUGUGAAAACAGAUUGGCGCAAUUUUUGGCGCAACAAGAGAAAUCAUCAAAAUCAGUUGUAUACAUUUCCUAGUGUCUUCAAAGUUCCAUGGUAUUUUGAAAUUUUCAAAUGAUUUACAAUAUUAUUGGCUUCUCAUUAAUGGAAACGAAAAUUUGUUUGUAUGAAUUCUAAGUAGCAUUUAUUGUAAAGUUGCAGUUUUGUUAUAGCUUAUAUUUAUGAUUAUUACACGAAACCGUAUGGAGUUAAUUUUCCGGCACAUUUGGUCAAUGAUAAGUGUUCUCGCGCAAAGCAAAAACCAACUAAAAUCUAGAACCUGUAUAUAGUUUAGGCAAAUUUAAAUAAAAAUGUACAUAGUAUAUAUAAAAUUAAGAAGCUAUAGCGUAUAUUCAUAGUAAACAGAGGUGUAUAUUAAUAAAUAUUAUUGUACAUGUGGUAUUUUACAUACGGAGCUAUACUUUGCAUAAUAAUAUAUUAUACAAUAUAUUUUAAGUAUUUUUUCUUUUUAUUUUCUUCAAACGUUUUCUGCGUAAGGGAAACUGGGAUUUACUUGACAAUCGAGCUUAUGUAAUUUAGGAAGGCUGAAUUGGGCUUUUGUUGCAUAUAGUUGAAUAUAGUUUCUUUUUUUAAGUCUAAAACUAUUUAAAAUUUGUAUCAUUUAACUAACAGCAGCUAGCAAGACUAGUUGAGUUAACCCAAGUUUGUUUCCAUAGAAUUUAUUUUCGAAAAUGCACUGCCAAUUUGCAAUGUCUUGCAACAGCUUUACAUUUUGCUAGAUAUAUUCAUGAAACACAGCGGGGCUCCUAAACCACAUAAAUUCUCAACUCAAGUAAGUACUCUAUUGUACAAAGUUGUUAUGACAUUGUUUUUGUUUAGCUUAGUUAUAUUGUACUUGUAUGUAAUUUGUUUGUAUUUAUAAUUUAUAUUACGGCAUCAAGGGUGUUGGUUCCGAAUCCGACCAGACUAUUAAGAAAUUACGAUUUUACACACUUCGUGUGUAAAUAACUCGCAUAGUUUUGCCAGCACUGUUCCGAUGUGCAUUUUUAUUUAUUUUGUGUAUAAAGGUGUAGAAAUUUGGGUCUGAAUUUAGACAUUAUGUUAAUGUUUAGAAAAACUGAAGCUUUACACAUAUUUUCACUACACGUUGAAUAAGUACGUUUAGUUACUUGUACUUUAGAAUGUAUAUUUGCUACAUUUUUUAAAUAAAUUAUUAUUUUAGUUGUUACCUUAAGCAUUACUGAAUGAAUGUUUCCUUUCUUUGACUUGCUGCAGAACUCGGUGGGAGAAUAGGAUUAUUUUUUAAUUGAUUUAGUUUUUAGUUGACUGUUAGUUAAAUUGGAGAAAAAUUAUAACUAUGCCGAUUUUCAUUUGCCGAUUAUCUUUGAUCAUUAGCAACUCAAGUUUUCAAUGUAUUUGUUUCAUCUAUUCAAUAAUUCCUUGAAGGCUCUGGCGUGUAAAGCACUUAAAAUAUCAAAAUGUUGUAUUUAGUUAGUUCACCUACCCAGUCUAGGUAGCUUUGAUUUGAAAUAUGUCAAGCUUAUGAAAGUACCAAUUGAUGAUCAAUCGUACAUUCGAUAUAUUAUCGAGAAGAUAAAGAUUGCGGGUAAAUGAAAUUGUAGCAGAAUUUGAAGCGUUUUGAUCAUAUUUUCUGAAAAACCACCAUUCUUUAUAGGAAGACGUUUAAGUUUGUAUGGUCGGAUUCGAACUCUAGGCUUUCCAGUUGCCUUACGCAGAACACAAUUUGACUUGUAAUGUUCUUAAUUGUAGAUUGUGGAAAGGUUGAUUAUAAAAUAUACAUUGUUAAAUAGAAAUACCUUGACAUUUA